AUGGCCGGCCGCUCCAACGUGUCGUUCACUACUGACAGGGACGGGCUGCCCGUUGCGCGCCCGGACCAAUUCCUGCAGGAAUAUGCAGAUUGCGAAUUCAUGGCGACUGUCAUGGGCUUCGACAGACGAGGGGCAUCCAUGAACGAAGUUUCUGUCCACGAGCUUCUUCGACAACCCUAUUAUUCGGACCAGGAACAUCGGUGGUUUCACCUUCCAGCCAAUAACGCCCUGAUGAUCAAAUUGUUUGGUCGUCAUAUCGCCAGCGAGCUCCUGCGAAUAGACCGAUGGAAGCUUCUGGCGGCAUACCGCGACAACGACCACCCUCUCCACGUUCGUCGCACUUUGGAUCAGUACUUCUACCAUAUGCUACAGAACACCAGAUCGCGCGAUACGGACCAAGUGAUAUCUCGCUUCCAGAGUAAACACGACCUGAAGCCCGCAAUUCUCACUAUGGUUGACCAGCUGUGGCUCUGGGUGGUGUCAGGCGUAGAUGAUGACAUUGAUGAGAGUGACAGAGAACCUUCCUGCUUCACGGGAAAAUGCACCGUCAUCACCUGCUUCCCUCAAGUGACUCCAAAAAGCGACAAUAUCGACUUCCCAGACUGUCGCGGCCUCACAGACGUUCUAACAAGUAUCAAGGCAGGACUUGGAUAUGGAUCAGACCUAGACCCUAGCCACCUUGUCUCCCUGAUCAUAUCCACCUGCUCCGGCUCGUUAAUGGACCAGUCGAGCCACCUGGUAUUCGGGCAGACGCUUGUGCGGUUUUCCGACGCCUAUGAAAGCACUAUCAAGGCCGCGAUGGACCAGGAGGCAGAGAUCUUCCGACAGUUUUCCAAGUCGACGGCCCAGUCAGACCUCGUGGAUAUAACACGAGAGAUCUCCGUACUGCGAGAGAUGAAGGACGUCGUAGACGAGCUGGGCAUUAUGUCCAAGUUGUUCGUGGACCAGCUAGACGUUCUUGGAAUUCUGCGGGAGGAAAAGGGACCUGGAUGGCACCCCAUGCACUCAGACCUGGCUCUUGAAAAGAUACGGAACAUGGACUCACUUUCCAGGAAGGUCACGGAUGACUUGCACGUACUCGUGGACCUGAAGCAGAAGCACAGUACGAUGAUGGAUGCUCGCGCUACCGCGAGGCAGGGAAAAACGCUCAUGGUCUUCACCGUUGUCACCAUUGUUUUUCUGCCACUAUCAUUCAUGGCCGCGUUCUUCGCUCUCAACAUCACGCAGUUCCGGCGCGAUAAGGGGGGGACUUUGGAUUUGGCCUACGUCUCAGAAAUCAUGUAUACGCAAAACAUCUGUCACCUCAUUUCAAUGCCGUCGCGCUUGACUGACACUGGCCUUGCUGUUCCCAUCUCGGCCGCCAUUACUGCCAUUCUCAUCUAUUUUGCGUUCAAGGUCGAGGAUCUCGAGAUCGGGUUGCAGAAAAUCGGGUUGAAGAGGGCCGAAGCUGGUUCCAGAGCUGUGUGCGAUGACCCCAAGGAAAAAUCUGGUGCCGCGAGAUGGACUAAGCGGGAGUCCCGGGACUUGACGGAACAGUUCGCGCUAGUUCGGAGGAAGAUGAUCAUGACUAGGGAAGACACAGUCCUGUCAAAGGGGAAAGAAGUGUCGGAUGGGGACGUGGAGGCACAGCGGGACGCCACGGAUCCGAAUUGA